AUGACUCUGCAGGCAAUCAAGUACGAGAACGGCACGUUGGAAGUGCUGGAUCAACUGCUGUUGCCCAAAGAGUCCAAGUACAUACCCAUUUUAGGCGUCGAGGACGGAUGGAAGGUCAUCAACAAAAUGCAGGUACGUGGUGCUCCAGCUAUUGCCAUUGUUGGUUGUUUAAGUUUGGCUGUAGAAAUAUCAAAGGAAGAGUUUGAAAAAAAAAAGGCUCUUCGACGAGAAGUUGAGGGUAAACUAAAUUAUUUAAUAUCUGCUCGGCCAACUGCUGUAAAUAUGAAACAGGCCGCAGACCAUUUAAUAUCUUAUAUAAACUCUUUGGAUAAUGAUGAAUCAGUUUCAGCACAAGAAAUGCAAGCUAGGUUUGUAGCAGCUAUAGAAGCAAUGUUAGAAAAAGAUAUAUCAGAUAAUAGAUCAAUAGGAGAAUUCGGAGCUAAGGCAAUUUUAAACAAUGUUACGGAUGGUGAACAAGUUCGUGUUUUAACGCACUGCAACACUGGUUCAUUAGCUACUGCAUAUUUUGGUACUGCAUUAGGUGUUGUACGUUGUCUACACUCUGCUUCAAGACUGGAAAAUUGUUAUUUCACGGAAACAAGGCCUUACAAUCAAGGUGCUAGAUUAACUGCCUAUGAAUUAGUUCAUGAUAAAAUACCAUCAACCUUGGUCUGUGAUAGUACUGUUGCUUAUUUAAUGAAGACUGCUCAGAUUAAUGCGGUUGUUGUUGGUGCCGAUAGGGUAGCAGCCAAUGGAGAUACUGCUAACAAAAUUGGGACGUAUCAAAUUGCUGUAGUUGCCAAACACCACGAGGUUCCAUUUUAUGUAGCUGCUCCACUAACUUCAAUUGAUUUUAAUGUAAAUACUGGUGAUAAUAUAGUGAUUGAGGAAAGGCCUCAAGUGGAAAUGACUCAUAUAAAUAAUAUUAGAAUAGCUUCUCCAGGUGUAACUUGUUGGAAUCCAGCAUUUGAUGUAACACCAGCUCGACUGAUAACUGGAAUAAUAACUGAAAAGGGUGUUUUCCGACCGUCUGAACUCUCCACACUCCAGUCUCAAUUGCAAGAUCAUAAAAAUUCACUUCCCCAACUGUAA